CUGGCUGAGAACAUGGCCAAUGACAUUGAUGAGCUUAUCGGCAUCCCUUUCCCCAACCACAGCAGCGAGGUGCUGUGCAGCCUCAAUGAGCAGCGGCAUGCAGGGCUGCUGUGCGACGUGCUGCUGGUGGUUCAGGAGCAGGAGUACCGGACGCACCGCUCAGUGUUGGCUGCCUGCAGCAAGUAUUUCAAGAAGCUCUUCACAGCCGGGAGCCUGGCCAGCCAGCCCUAUGUCUAUGAGAUUGACUUUGUCCAGCCUGAGGCUCUGGCCGCCAUCCUGGAGUUUGCCUACACCUCCACACUCACCAUCACCGCCUCCAACGUCAAGCACAUCCUCAAUGCUGCCAGGAUGCUGGAGAUCCAGUGCAUCGUGAAUGUGUGCCUGGAGAUCAUGGAGCCUGGCGGCAACGGUGGUGAGGAGGACGACAAGGAGGAGGAUGACGAUGAUGAAGAUGACGAUGAGGAGGAGGAUGAAGAAGAGGAAGAAGAAGAGGAAGAGGAGGAGGAUGACACAGAGGACUUUGCUGACCAGGAAAACUUGCCUGACCCCCAGGACAUCAACUGCCCCCAAAGCCCCUCCGAGACGGACCAUCUCACAGAGAAGGCCUACUCAGACACACCCAGGGACUUCCCCGACUCCUUCCAGCCAGGCAGCCCUGGCCAUCUGGGAGUGAUACGGGACUUCUCCAUUGAAUCUCUGCUGAGGGAGAACUUGUACCCCAAAGCCAACAUCCCUGACAGAAAACCCUCCUUAUCUCCAUUUGCCCCAGAAUUCUUCCCACACCUCUGGCCAGGGGACUUUGGUGCCUUUGCUCAGCUGCCUGAGCAGCCCAUGGACAGUGGGCCACUGGAUCUAGUCAUCAAGAACCGCAAAAUCAAGGAGGAGGAGAAGGAGGAACUAGCCCCGCCCCCACCCCCUCCCUUCCCUAGUGACUUCUUCAAGGACAUGUUUCCCGACCUGCCUGGUGGGCCACUGGGCCCUAUCAAGGCAGAGAAUGACUAUGGUGCCUAUCUCAACUUCCUGAGUGCCACCCACCUGGGGAGCCUCUUCCCACCCUGGCCGCUGGUGGAGGAGCGCAAGCUGAAGCCCAAGGCCUCCCAGCAGUGCCCCAUCUGCCACAAGGUCAUCAUGGGGGCUGGGAAGCUGCCUCGGCACAUGAGGACCCACACCGGGGAGAAGCCGUACAUGUGCACCAUCUGCGAGGUCCGCUUUACCAGGCAGGACAAGCUGAAGAUCCACAUGCGGAAGCACACGGGGGAGCGGCCCUAUCUGUGCAUUCACUGCAACGCCAAGUUCGUGCACAACUACGACCUCAAGAACCACAUGCGCAUCCACACGGGCGUGCGGCCCUACCAGUGCGAGUUCUGCUACAAGAGCUUCACGCGCUCCGACCACCUACACCGCCACAUCAAGCGACAGAGCUGUCGCAUGGCACGGCCCCGGCGCGGCCGCAAGCCCGCCGCCUGGAGGGCCGCCAGCCUGCUCUUCGGGCCGGGUGGCCCCACGCCCGACAAGGCGGCCUUCGUGAUGCCACCCACGCUGGGUGACGUGGGGGGCCACCUGGGCGGCGCGGCGGUGUGCCUCCCGGGCCCCAGCCCUGCCAAGCACUUCCUAGCGGCACCCAAGGGCGCCCUGAGCCUGCAGGAGCUGGAGCGGCAGUUCGAGGAGACGCAGAUGAAGCUGUUCGGACGUGCGCAGCUCGAGGCCGAGAGGAACGCAGGCGGCCUCCUGGCCCUGGCACUGGCCGAGAACGUGGCCGCCACGCGGCCCUACUUCCCGCUCCCCGACCCCUGGGCAGCCGGCCUGGCCAGCCUCCCUGGGCUCACUGGCCUCAACCACGUGGCCUCCAUGUCUGAAGCCAACAACUAGGCUGGCCCUGGUCCACCCCACUCCAAGACCCUGACUCAAGUCCCUCUUUUAGGCCCGCCCCGCCCCACCCAGUGGAUCUGAACUUUCUAGUUGGCAAACACAAUGGGAAAAGGAGAAAAUACAUUUUAGCUGCGCUGCUCUUUUCCCGGCCUUUGCGGGCAGCACCUCCCUUUUGCUGGAGUCUGAGAUGGGCAUCUCUUCCCUAAGGGUUGGGAGCCCCCGCCUCUUCCUGGCUGUCUCUGAUUCACAUAGAAACACACAGGGUGCCAUGUCUCAGAAGGCCCCCCACGCUAGUGCCAGGAGCACUUUGCAGUGGUAUGGGGGAGGGGGGCAGUGAAGAGGGAGCACUCCGCCGGAAGGCAUGCCAGGAGGAGCCAGCAGGAGGACUGUGUCCUGACCAGGCACCUUGGUUGAGCCAUACUGCCCUGUGGGGGAGUCCCUUCCAACACUGCUUUAGUCAGGAGUCAGGUUUCAGUUUAGAAGUCCCAGGUUCAAUUGAGCAAUGCUUCCCAGCCAUGGGGAAAGACCAUCCCACUGGGCAGACAGGCCUCCAGGAGCUAGAAGCUGGCAUAGAGAGAGCCCAUUUUAAAUGGGCUUGUCCUGUGACCUUGGGCAGGUCAACCCUCUGUGCUUCAGAGUCACCCUGCUGUGAAAGGGGGUGGUAACAUUCCCCUCCCCCUCUUCCAUACACAUUCACACCUGUUCCUAAAAAAAAGAAAGUCCCUAGAAAGGUAGCAGUUUAGCACCCCCAGAGUACUGGGAGACAGUCUAUCUUACUGGGCUUGGUUACGUUGCCUCCGCAUGAAAAUCAGGAUUUUAGAUGAGACCUGUGGCAGAACUAGACAGGGACAACAGAGAGAGAUGACUUUCAACGCCCAGAGGUAAUUCCAGGAACCCCAAAUUCUGCCCCACUUUCUGACAGGCUACUGUCACAUCUGGACACCCCUGGAACAACAAUCAGCAUUUGCCCACUCCCCACCUGCUCCCGAGUUCAGUCUCCUUGAGCUAAUACUCAAGUGGGGCUCGUUUCUAACGGCCACCACCUACCUGCCUCCCCCAUCUCUGCAAGCGUCACAGCACCCAGGGCUCAUCUGUUUGUUUGGAGCGGGGGAAUCUCCAGGGUUUGCUGGUGACACCCUUCUACUGUAUUUGAGUCGCCAAUCCCCCUUUCCAUGUUUGACCAAAGGGUUCCCAUGCAAAGAGGCAGAAUCCUUUGGGUUGUGGUACCCUCCGUGUAGCAGGUCACAUGGUAGUAGCAAGACAAUUUUGCUGGCCCAUGCCUUCUUGGGUUUGCAUUGGUUUCUUGACAUCCCAGGGAGGAGAAUCCACCUGCUUGGAAGGCUUAGGCCUGGAAUCCCAGGGCCCCAAGCUGUGGGUACGUGAGACUCAGUUCUUCCAAUACUGAUUGCCUUGGCUUUAUUCUGUACAAAUGCAAACAAAAAGGCCAGAGAAGACAGUAGACUCCAUCCCUCCCAAAGCUCCCGAGAGAGAGACACCUUGCCUCUCCGUGCCACCAGACCACAGUCCAUCCGCGAAGAGUUUCCUCAGAUACCCCAUCCUCCUCAGCAGAUACUGGGGCUGCUGCCUCAUAGAUCCCUAUCGCAGUACAGACUUGUUUCUGGACCCAUCCGCCAAUAUGCACACUCUGACCCCUCAGCCAAGGGACUGCCGCCGCUGACCCAGACUCAGCCGACAGAGGAACCCAGGGGAAGGCAGUACUGUCAGGCUUUUGUUUUGAUUUUGUAAAGGUAACGACUUCUUAUAAACUCACUUUUUCAGAUGACCGCUUAGUAUCUUUUGUCAUUUGUUUUUGUUUGUUUGUUUUUUCUGGGCUGCCGUUUGGAGUUGUACAUUGUAAAAUAUCCAAAGAUGUUGAGUACUGUAUG